UUGACAUGGUGGUGGGAGACGUUACCAUCCUGGGGAAUAGGUCACGGUAUGUUGAUUUCACUACUCCGUACUCAGAGUCUGGGGUUUCCAUGAUUGUUCCGGUUAAAGUUGCUGACGUGAAGAGUGAAUGGAUUUUUAUGAGGCCUUUUGAAACGAAGCUUUGGAUAACAACAGCAGCGUUUUUUAUCUACACUGGUUUUGUAGUUUGGGCUAUUGAGCAUCGCGUAAACAAAGAAUUUCGUGGCCCUCGUGAUCGACAAAUUGGAACCCUCUUGUGGUUUUCCUUCUCCACGCUUGUCUAUUCGCACAAGGAGAAGUUGAUAAGCAACUUAUCAAGAUUCGUGGUGAUAGUGUGGGUAUUUGCGGUUCUUGUACUGACGUCUAGCUACACAGCAAAUUUAGCAUCCAUGAUAACGCUACAAAGCUUCGAACCAACUGUCACGAGUAUAUAUGAACUGAAAGCAAGAGGAGACUACGUGGGAAUCCAAGAUGGUUCCUUUGUUGCAGAGAUGUUGACCAAGGAGAUGGGUUUUCCUCAAGACAAGUUGAAGAAGUAUACCAACAUCCAAGAGUAUGCUGAUGCCCUUUCAAAAGGAAGUAAAAAAAAUGGAGUUUCUGCCAUUGUUGCUGAGCUCCCUUAUCUCAAGAUGUUGCAGGCCAAGAACUAUACUAAGUAUUCAUUGGUGGGACCAAUCUUCAACACUGCAGGCUUCGGUUUUGCAUUUCCAAAAGGAUCACUGAUGGUAUCCGAUUUCUCAAAAGCAAUAUUGAGAUUAAUAGAGGAUGAUACGAUGACACACAUAUCAAAUAGAUGGAUGGAAGAUGAAGCGCAAUUAUCUAAGAAAGAUAAUCAGGUUGAACCCUUUGACAAGCUGAAAUUGGAUAGUUUUAGAGGUCUUUUUUAUAUCGCUGGUUUUUCCUCGACAUUUGCGUUGGUCGUCUUCCUAUUUAAAUUCAUGUAUGAAAACAAGGAGAUACUAACGUCACAAGGCUCAAUAUACGAAAAGUUGGCCGCAAUCAUACGAAGCUUUGAUGAGGAGAAAUAUCAAAAGUCCUCUAGGAAUUCGAUAAAAGAAACCAUAGAUGGCAGUCAUAUGGGUGUAGAAGAUCAUACGACAGUCAAUCCACUCCAGAGUCCAAUCCCCAUUGAUCAUCAAGUGGAAGGAGUGAUUUCACCUGGGAGUACUCCAAUUCAAUGAGCAGAUGAUUCCUUAUCUCUAAAGGUUUUUGUUCUAGCUUUUAAUAUUGUAUUCUAUUUCAUGAUGUGAACAAGUUUUA